CUUAGAGUAGACAGACCCUCUACGGUCGAGAAUGGUGAACGCUUCCCAAAGGACAACAAACCGCGCGCAUCUGGUGAACGCCACUUGAGCGGAAGUUUUCAACGGUCGACCUUUGCUCCCGUCUUCUGUGGUGAAGAGGGAGCAUUUCUGGACGACUUUGGACGGCUCUCGAUCGCUCCGCAGCGGGUACCGAUCGUCAGGAGCGAAGAUCGGCCCUGAAUGACAUUGAUUCCCUAGAAGCGCUAGAUACAUCGCAACUGCUGCUGGGGACGUGAGAACGUGAGCAGCUGAAAUUUGGUCGCAGAAGAAGCUCGAUUUGGGACAGAUAAACAAAAGUGACGCUGAUGCUACACCCUGCGCCUAACCAACGACACCCGCCAGGAUGCCCACCUCCUCGUCCGCAAGCGACAAAUCCAGACAGACGUCGGCUGGUAAAUCGUUCUUCGGACGGAAACUGCACAAGGAUCGGACUGAGGACCAUCGACAUGAAGGAAACGGAGGUCUAGAGGCUCCCAUUUCCAUGGCGAGCUCGCCCGGAUCGCGGACCUCACGCCAUACGAAGAGGGGAUCGGUACAGUCUAUCGACUUGGGCAACGAGCCGGAUGCUACCGGUCUUUCAAUGACUGCAGGCGUUAUCACAUCGAUCCCCUUUGAGAGUUUGCCAGCAGAUCACAGAUCUCCUAUCCCCAUUGAGACCGUGUCCAGGCCAGAAUCGUCGCCGCGGAAGGAGCCUACGCCGAGCCAUCUGGCAAAGGAAACAUCGGACUUCCACCAAUACCCCGUAUGGAACCCUCCGGCACAACAAAAUGUGUAUUCGCAUCCGACAGGGCCCCGUCCUCCACCUCAUGUGUCAAAUACAACAAUGGCUGCAAGCUCCACUGGAGACAGAGGCACACGUUACCAACAAUGGGGUCGACCGGGCAGUUCUGCGGCGAAUGCGGGCUUCAGCCAUCACUCUACUUCCACGGCGGAUUCGUCAUCAAAUUCUCGAAUAUCUCUCGAUCAAAUGAGCAUUCACUCGUCAGUUUCCUCCAACACGCGGGGCUCCAGCUAUUUCUCGGAUAAUAAUUCUUCUCGCACCCUUACCACAUCCCAUUCCGCCGACCGAAACACCCAAUAUAGCACCGCUAGCAAUAGAUACUCGAAUCUACAAGGUUCUUGGUUACCAGGACAGCCCCUAGAGCCUCCGGUCCCACCGGUUCCACCGGAACAGUAUUUGACUCGACCCAGAGACGACCGGGUGAUCGACCAACUCUUCCUGGACCUCAUGCAGAAGAGAGGCUGGCAGAAUCUCCCAGAGCAGGCAAAGAGGCAGAUGCUAGCAUAUCCCGCGUCGAAGAAAUGGACCCUUGUCCACCAGGAUCGAUUGACCGAACUACAAGGUGAGCAGAGAAGAAAGAAUAAUGCCAGACAAACUUAUGGUUCAGAGGCCCCAAGCGGGCUUCUGAGCCGAUCAGAGGAGGAGGGAAGCCCUGAAUGGUAUGUGAGGAAGGUGAUGGACGAUACUAUCACGUCGAAACAGCUUGGAAGCUUGAGUGUCAGUCUUCGGACGCAACCGAUAAGUUGGGUAAAGGCAUUUGUAGAGGCUCAAGGUCAAAUCGCUUUGACGAAUGUCCUCAUGAAGAUUAACAGAAGGAAAGCUUCUGGACCUGUGCCUGUGGCUCCAACUUCAGGAGACAAAGAUUUGGACCGUGAAUAUGACAUAGCAAAGUGCCUCAAAGCAUUGAUGAACAACAAAUAUGGUGCCGAUGAUGCCCUUGCUCACCAGCAAGUCAUUGUGGCACUCGCCUGCUCGCUGUUAUCUCCACGCCUCAACACCAGAAAGCUGGUCAGUGAAGUAUUGACUUUCCUCUGCCACUGGGCCGAAGGUCAGGGGCACCAGAAGGUCCUCCAGGCUAUGGAUCACGUCAAGAAUCUCCAGGGAGAAACUGGUCGUUUUGAUGCAUGGAUGCGUAUCGUCGAAGUCACCAUCGAUGGCCGUGGAAAGAUGGGCAGUCUGGUUGGUGCCAGUGAUGAAUACCGAAGCGGGGGAAUUGGUAUGGAAAAUCUCCUCAUGGAAUAUGCGGUGGCUACAAUGCUACUGAUCAAUAUGUUGGUCGAUGCGCCGGAAAAUGACUUGCAGCUCCGGUGCCAUAUCCGGGCGCAGUUUACCUCCUGCGGUAUCAAGCGGCUCCUGACGAAGAUGGAGGGUUUCCAGUAUGAAGUAAUUGACAAGCAGGUCGAGCGGUUCAGAGAGAAUGAAGCGAUUGACUACGAGGAUCUGCUGCAGCGGGAGAACAGCAGCAUGAAGGACAGCAUCGAGGGCGAGGUCAAGGAUAUGAAUGAUCCGAUGCAAAUCACGGAUGCGAUUCAGUCCAGGAUCCAGGGCACUCGAUCACACGAUUACUUCCUCUCUGCGAUGCAGCAUCUGCUGCUUAUCCGAGAGAACUCAGGAGAGGACGGACUUCGCAUGUUCCAGCUGGUGGAUGCCAUGCUCAGCUACGUGGCCAUGGAUAGGAGGCUUCCGGAUCUGGAUUUGCGCCAGGGAUUGUCAUUUACCGUUCAGAGUCUCCUGGACCGCUUGCAUACGGACGCAGAAGCCCGACGAGCUUACGAUGAAUCGUUGGAAGCUCGCCAGGUGGCCGAGGCGGCUAUCGCUGAGCGUGAUGAGAUGAGGGCGCAGGUGGAGAUGGGCGCGGAUGGCUUGGUCAAGAAGCUCCAAAAGCAGAUUGAAGAGCAAACCGGCAUCAUUGCGCUUCAACAGAGGCAGAACGAGUCACUGAAAGCCGAGCUCGCCGAUGUCCAGAGGCUGCGCGGUCAGGAACUCCAGCGUAAUGAACUGGAGACAAGAGAGCUGUAUCUGAUGCUCCGAGAUGCCCAAGAUAUAGCUGCAUCAAAUGCCAAGAAGUCCGCUGACAACGACAAAGGAGAAGUUGACCCAGCACAGAUGCGGGGUAUCCUGGACCGCGAGAAACUCAUGGAGAGACUGGAACGCCAGCUUGAGCGCACAAAGACACAGUUCAAGCUGGAAGGCAAGGUAUGGGGUACACAUGGACCUUCAGAUCGUUUGCGCGAGUUGCGGGAGCAGAUGGACGGAGAUAAUGACUUCAACGAUGACUUUCAAAAUAAAGCACGCAACCUCGACACAGGUACUCUGGGGGCCGUUCACCGGAAGAGGAGCCACGUACCUCAAGCAAAGGAAGAUGCGGCUGAGAGUGCCGAUGACCUUGGCGACGAAGAUGUCGUAUAUGAGAAGCCUCGCCUUAUUGAACUACAACGCCCUCGCUUGGAUCCAGAGAAGGCGAACGGUCUACUUGGCGAAAUCGCGUCCAAAGUUCCCAAAUAUGAUGCUGAUGAGAAAGAGGCUGAGGGCACUUCUGAAGAUGCUAAGGCCUCAGCAGAAGACCACGAGCCCAGUGUUGAGAACUCCGAUGAGACCAAAGAUGAGGCCAAGGCCGUCCCUGCACCACCACCACCACCACCUCCUCCUCCUCCUCCUCCCCCUCCCCCUCCAGGCAGCGUACAGGGUGUGCCGCCGCCUCCUCCUCCUCCUCCGCCGCCUCCACCACCUCCAGGUUCUGUUGCUGGAAUUCCUCCUCCCCCUCCACCUCCUCCACCUCCGCCUCCUGGUGCCGGUAUCCCUGGACCACCACCGCCUCCUCCUCCACCACCAGGGCCUGGAGCUCCCCCUCCGCCGCCUCCCCCAGGUGGCCCAGUCGGCAGUUGGAGAACAAAUUAUUUGGUUGCAGAACACACUGGGCCUACCGUUUAUAUGCCAUCUAUUCGACCUAAGAAGAAGCUCAAGGCGCUUCACUGGGAGAAGGUUGACACUCCUCAAGUAACUGUAUGGGCUACUCACACGCCUACUCAUGAAGACAAGGAGCGGAAGUACACCGAGCUAGCUAAGAAGGGUGUCCUGGACGAGGUUGAACGCUUGUUCAUGGCCAAGGAGACAAAGAUCCUUAAGGGCAGUGCAGCCGCCAAACAGCGAAAGGAUAAGAAACAAAUCAUUUCCAAUGAUCUUUCGAAAACUUUCCAGAUCGCCAUGGCGAAAUUCUCUCAGGUGCCUGUGGAUGAACUGGUCCGCAUGAUCAUCCACUGCGACACUGAGAUUCUGGAUAAUAAUGUUGUCAUGGAUUUCUUGCAGAGGGAUGAACUUUGCACUAUUCCUGACAACGUGGCGAAGAUGAUGGCACCCUACAGCAAGGAUUGGACCGGUCCUGACGCUUUGAACUCGGAACGCGAACAAGAUAUCAAUGAGCUCACCCGUGAGGAUCAAAUCUAUUUACAGACAGCCUUUGAACUCAACCACUACUGGAAGGCCCGUAUGCGUGCUUUGGCUUUGACGCGGUCGUUUGAGCCUGACUAUGAUCAUAUUUCUGCUAAACUGAAGGAUGUCGUUACAGUCAGUGAGUCCUUGCGCGACUCAGUAUCACUGAUGAACGUUCUCGGUUUGAUCCUGGAUAUCGGUAACUUUAUGAAUGACUCGAACAAACAAGCCCAAGGUUUCAAGCUUAGCUCCCUGGCUCGUCUCGGUAUGGUGAAAGAUGACAAGAAUGAGUCCACUUUCGCCGACCUGGUGGAACGUAUUGUCCGCAACCAAUACCCCGAAUGGCAGGGCUUUACAGACGAGAUUGGAGGUGUUAUCUCGGUUCAGAAAUUAAACGUCGACCAGCUCAGGACGGACGCCAAGAAAUAUAUCGACACCAUCAAGAACGUACAGAUGAGCUUAGAUGCGGGUAACUUGAGCGAUCCGAAGAAGUUUCAUCCUCAAGAUCGCGUCAGCCAGGUAGUCCAGCGCAGUAUGAAAGAAGCUCGGCGGAAAGCAGAGCAGAUGCAGCUGUAUCUGGACGAUAUGGUUAAGAGCUUCGACGAUAUUAUGACUUUCUACGGCGAAGACAACACAGAUGAUAAUGCCAGGCGAGACUUCUUCGCCAAGCUAGCUUCGUUCUUGCAAGAGUGGAAGAAAUCGAGAGAGAAGAAUAUCUCCUGGGAAGAAGCGAGGAAACGUACAGAAGCCUCGCUGGCGAGAAAACGCAUCAAUCCUGCCCUUGCGAAUGGCGGUGGUCACGGUACAGAUAGUCCGAAUUCACCAUCAACCAGUGGAGCAAUGGACUCUCUACUUGAGAAACUGCGAGCUGCAGCACCACAGGCUAGAGAUCAACGUGAUCGUCGUCGGCGCGCUAGGCUGAAGGAGCGCCACCAAGUCCGUGUUGCGUCUGGCCAAAAGAUUCCAGAACUCGGUAUAGAGGGUGAGGUCAAUGCUGAAGGUGGUGACAAGGCAGAUAGUGCUAUGGGCACUGACGGUGGCCUGUUGACACCAAAAUCACCUGGUGAAGACGGCAACGCUAGCGGUCAAGAGAUCUCGGAGGGCGAAGACAUCGCAGACCGCGCUGCAAGCAUGUUGCAAGGUCUAAGAGGCAACAACGACACGGAGUCCCAGCGAGCAAGGAGGAAAGGAAGUGCCGAAGAUGAGAGACGGCAACGCAGAAUGAGAAGAAGAAAUGGUGCAACUAGCGGCAGCAAGGAUAGUGCAGACGGGUCAGCUUUGAACCCAGUGCAAGAGCCACCAUCACCAGCUAAAACCGACAUGGCCGAGACAGACGAUUCCGCCUUGUUGAGCCCGAGCAAGGAUCAGCAUUCUUCUCAACCACCAUUGACGCCAUCCAUCAUCGUGUCGCCCACGUUUGACCCUCCCCCCGCAGAUGAAUCUGCUGAAUCCGCCGAGCACCCUUCCCCCACCCAACCCGCCGAACCCCAAGAGUGAUCCCAUGGGUUUUGGAGUCUCUUAAUUCUAAUGUCUGAUAGGAUUACUGAUGUUCAUGUGGAAAUUCUUUGUAUGGCGUAUGUGUAUAAUGUUCUACUUCUGUCUGUCCAUCGUGUCUGUCUCUGCCACUAGUUCCCAGAGCUAUUGCUCAACAUGUGCAGCGUGUGAUGGAUAGUAUCUUGUUCCAUAUUUUACUGCCUCCCUUUCUUUUUUUUUUUUUUCUUUUUCUUUAUUCUUUUUUU